AUGAGCAACAGAGCUGCAUUCUUGGAGUCCGCAAAGGGCGGCUUCGCUAUUCGGGAUGCAGAGACCGGGAAGCCUGGUGAAGGAGAAGUGCUGAUCAAGGUUCAUGCGGCAUCGAUCCAACCGGCCGAUGCAAAGGUUGCUAGACUAGCAAUGCUUACGAUGGAGUACCCUUGUGUUCUCGGUAGCCCGGUCGCUGGAACGGUGGAAGCGCUGGGGGCUGGAGUAAGCAAGGUUGCAGUCGGGGAACGGGUCGUAUGCGGAACCAAGGUGUUCGUCCACAAGAAAGCAAAGUAUGGCGGACUCCAACGAUUCACGGUGGUGGACGAGUCUGAGGUCAUUGAGAUUGGCGACACCGAGUACGCAAAGGCCGUGACGCUGGCUUCAUACACGCCGCCAGGUGCCCUGUUCGGUGGAUCCACGCUGAACAUGCAUUUUCCGUCCAUUCCGGCGGCGCCGUUGCCCGCCAGCGAGGAAGGCAAGAAGAUUCUGAUUUGGGGCGGGUCCUCGGCCAUGGGCGCUCUUUCCAUCUCCUACACGAAGCAGGCCGGAUACACUGUCAUCACCACCUGCUCGCCACAUAAUUUCGACCUCGUCAGGUCUCUCGGCGCCGAUUAUGUCUUCGACCACAGCGACCCAGCAACAGUGGAAAAGAUACGCGAUCUCUUUCCAAUCGACUACUGGUUCGACACGGUUUCUCUCCCGCCGACCCUGAGGACCAUUCUCAAAAUCCUGGCGCCGGAAGGCGAGCCGGUCACCAAGGUAGACAUCCUGAUGCUGCUUCCGCCGGCGAUGCCUGGAAUGCCCCAGCUGCCGGAGGGGGUUACGGCGCGUAUGCACCGCUUCUCGACGCACUCGCCUGAGAACGCAGGCUGGCAGAAGUGGUUCCUCGCUCGUGGAGGUUUUAUGGAGCAGGCGAUAAAGAGCGGGGUGUUGAAGGGCGUGCCGCCGCAAGUGAUUGGCGGUCUGGAUAAGGUUCCUGAGGGGAUCGAGAUGGUGUACAAGGGCGUGAGCGGGAAGAAGGUUGUCAUUGAUCCGUGGGCGUGA